AUGAAAGAGAUGUUCAUGAUGCUGAAGUCACUCUUCUUCUUUCCAGAUGCAGAACAUUGCAACAAGUGCCCAGAAGACCAUCACCCCAACACAGCCCACACUCAGUGCAUUCCCAAGGAUAUUAGCUUCCUAUCUUAUGAGGAGACUUUGGGGAUUGUCCUCAUUUUCUUCAUCCUGUUCUUGUCCGUAGUCACAGUUCUAAUUUUAGGGAUCUUCAUUAAGUACAUUGAUACUCCCGUAGUUAAAGCCAACAACCGAAACCUCACCUUUAUUCUAAUUGUCUCCCUCCUGCUUUCCUUUCUGUCCUCCCUUCUGUUCAUUGGCCAACCAAGGAUGGUGACCUGUCUUCUCCGACAAACUGCCUUCAGCAUCAUCUUCUGCAUUGCUGUUUCUUCUGUGUUGGCCAAAACAAUCACUGUGGUGGUGGCCUUCAUGGCCACCAAGCCAGGAAACAGGAUGAGGAAAUGGCUGGGGAAGGGUCUGGCAAAGUCCAUUGUCAUUUCUUGUUCUGCUGCUGAAGUUGUCUUCUGUGCUAUCUGGCUGGGCAUCUCUCCUCCUUUCCCAGAGUCUGACAUGCACUCCCAUCAAGGACAGAUCACACUGCAGUGCAAUGAAGGGUCUGUGGCCAUGUUUUAUGGUGCCCUGGGCUACAUGAGCUUCCUGGCUGCCAUCUCCUUCAUAGUAGCUUUCCUGGCUAGGAAGCUUCCUGGGGCCUUCAAUGAAGCCAAGCUGAUCACCUUCAGCAUGCUGGUGUUUUGCAGUGUGUGGCUGUCCUUUGUACCCACCUACCUGAGCACGAAGGGGAAAUAUAUGGUAGCCGUGCAGGUCUUUUCCAUCUUGGCCUCCAGUGGAGGGCUGUUGGGUUGCAUCUUCCUCCCCAAAUGUUAUAUUAUUGUAGUGAGACCUGAUCUCAAUAUCAAGGACCAUCUCACGAUGAAAAGUCAAGGUGGAAUUUGA